AGCGGUCGCCUUUCAGCGCUGAAUGUCUGUGCCAUUGCCACUAGUCGCUGGGAGCAAUCCCCCCCAAAAGGUUUGGAGUUCUGUGCGCUGCUUCUGCCGCUCCUCAGUUCCAAGAAACUCUCCUUGCUGGGAAUCCCCUCUCAGCUCCUGUCCAGUUGCACACCAGCUGUGCUGUGCUUUGCAAAAUAAAACUUUAGACAAGCCAAACAGCAGCAGAAGCAGCGACCAAAAGGGUGCCCGCGAGUAGCAGCACGUGAGCCAGCCCUCGGGCUCUUGGGCAGAGCUGGCUCUCCUCGUCAUGUGCGAGACACUCUAGUGCAAGAAAGCGCUCUGGACAAACCAGUCUGCAACCACCUCGUGAGGGCUCGAUUGCAUGGACAGCACCUGAAUCUCGAGCGGUCGCGAGUGGGCUUCUGUUUUCGCGUCGGACUUCGCUGCUCGGACAAAUGCAGACAAAUGCAUUUAGGAGCUCAAAGGACAAGGCGUGGAAACAUCUCUCCCGCAGCAAAAACGAAAACCCUCCUCCUUUUUCUUGCAGCAUGUAUAGCUGUGGGUGCUACACACAUACAAGAAGAAGGCAUAGAUGUUCUUCAACAUUUAGGCCUAAGGGGCCAAGCUGCGUGCCAUCCAUCAUCAGAGACUGUAAUGCCCUCAUUGUGUACUUCAUUACCUCAGGGGGUUCACAUAAGUGUCUCAGGAGUUGUUUUGUCCAUAAACACUACUAUUGAGGUUCCCAUUCCUCAAGUGAUAGCAUCAAGCUUAGGCUCCCAGUUCACCGUACUGAUUGGUUUACGUUCUUACAGAGUAAACAAUGCCUUUCUUUUCAGUAUUAGAAAUAAAAACAGACUGCAGUUUGGUGUACAGUUGCUACCAAGGAAGAUAAUAGUGCACACUGGAGGGAAGCAAUCUGUAUAUUUUGAUUAUACUGUUCAUGAUGAACAAUGGCACUCAUUCGCUAUUGGUGUCACAGAAAAAACAGUGUCCCUAUUUGUUCAGUGUGGAAGGAAGCAUUUCAUCAGGGAGACUCUUUCUAAAGUAAAGCAAUUUGAUUCACAUAGUUCAUUUACUUUAGGAAGGAUGAACUCCCAUUCAGUCAACUUUGAAGGAGUAAUAUGUCAGCUGGAUGUUAUCCCUUCUGCUCAAGCCUCAGUAAACUAUUGUAAAUAUUUGAAACAACAGUGUCGCCAAGCAGAUACCUACCGAUCUCAGCCAACGUCUCCAGAAACAUCACUUGGAGGGCUUUUAAAUAUCUCAAGCAAACAGUUGGAUGAAGAAACCCUGCUAGAUUACAGGACAUUAAAGACAAUCAAAGUAGUCUCGACACUUUCUGACAAUGACUCUGCAUCAGUCCAUGUGCCAUCAGAAUCUGUGCAGAUUGGACCUGUCAUGGAAUCUCUUUGCCUAAGAAAUGCUACUGCUUUGGAAAUUAUGCCUGAACCAAAUGACCAGCAAAUUGUCAAUGUGUCUAAAAUUGAUGAGGAAGAUGACAGCAAAAGGAAGAGUGGACCCCAGACUCAAACAGAAUCGCUUCUAAACUUUACAAACAAUGCCACAGAAAAUACAAGCAGAAAAAAUUACCCACCACUUCUCUUUUCUAUAAGACAGACUAAAAACCAAAAUAUGAUGGGAAACACAUCAAAAGAGUAUUCACACAAACCUGUGGAGAUGCAACAAAUUUUAAAUAUCACAUUAUAUAGGACCUCUGAUUCUUUAUCUUUGGAUAACCAACUUGGCCCAUGGGGUGAAGAUACAUUUCAGGUUGAUGAAAGUUACAAUGUAGAAGGCAAUUAUGAACUUGACAGUGAUGGUUUUGAUUAUGACUAUGAAGAAUUGGAGAGAAUGUUUGAAAUGGAGACUCUGAAAGGGCCUAAAGGGGACCCCGGACUUCCAGGUCCUCCAGGUCCUCCAGGGUUACCUGGCCCACCAGGGAAGAGAGGCCCAAGAGGUAUUCCAGGUCCACAUGGGAAUCCAGGACUGCCAGGGCUGCCUGGUCCAAAGGGCUUUAAAGGUGAUCCAGGAUUCUCCCCUGGGCAAGCAAAGCGUGGAAUCAAGGGCGAUACUGGAAGAGUAGGUUUGCCUGGUCUUGCAGGAAAGAGAGGUGAAAAGGGUCCCAUGGGAUAUCCAGGAGUAAGAGGACCACAAGGAGAGCAAGGAAUUCCAGGAAUGGCAGGCAACCCUGGGGCUCCUGGUUACCCUGGCAGGCAGGGUUUAGGAGGACCCGAAGGUAACCCAGGCCCCAAAGGUGUAAGAGGAUUCAUCGGACCCCCAGGAGUAGCAGGGCUGCCUGGACUUGAGGGAGAAAGAGGCAUUCCAGGUUUACCUGGGAGAAAAGGCCCAAAGGGGAGACAGGGUUUACCGGGUGAUUUGGGAAGCAGAGGCCCCCCUGGUCCUGAUGGAAGUCCUGGACUUGUUGGUGGUGUUGGCCCUCCUGGAUUUCCUGGACUUAGAGGUGUUUUAGGGCCAGCAGGACCAUUGGGACAACCUGGAAUUCCUGGACCUCUGGGUCUUCCAGGAAAUAUGGGGCAACCUGGAUUGAAAGGUGAUAAGGGUGAACGAGGCAUUGCAGGAGAGCAGGGAGAGCUGGGGUACCCAGGAGACAAGGGUGCUGCUGGUUUGCCAGGUCUUCCUGGAGUGAGAGGAAAAUCUGGUCCCCCGGGUAAAACAGGAGACUCUGGACCCCAGGGACCACCAGGCCCUCCAGGACCAGAGGGUUUUCCAGGAGAUAUUGGUGUUCCUGGUCUGAAUGGCCUCGAAGGCCCAAAGGGAAUUCUAGGAGACAGAGGACCUCCAGGACCACUGGGUCCCAAAGGAGUUGAGGGAGAGGAAGGACCUGUUGGACCUAUUGGAGGAGCUGGACCAAGGGGAAAGCCAGGUCGGAAGGGUUAUGCAGGUGAACCAGGACCAGAAGGCUUGAAGGGGGAAACUGGAGAUCAAGGGAAUCUUGGGAAAACUGGGGAAACAGGUCCACUUGGUUUGCCGGGUGAAACUGGACCACCUGGAGGUUCCAGCGAUAAGGGAGAGAGGGGUAGUCCUGGCCCAAUGGGCUUACCUGGAGAAAAAGGUGUUAUGGGAUAUCCGGGACCUCCAGGAGGUCCUGGGUCUAUAGGACCACAAGGAUUGCCUGGGCCUUCAGGGCAAAGAGGAUCUCCUGGACCACAGGGACCUAAAGGUCAAAGAGGACCAAGAGGCCCAGAUGGUCCUCUGGGAGAGCAAGGGAUACAAGGUAUUAAGGGAGAAAAUGGUGACGAAGGGAAAAAAGGCAUUCCUGGAUUAAUUGGCAAGGCUGGUAACCCUGGGGAAAGAGGUGAUCAAGGAGUAAUAGGUUUGCCUGGUCUUCCUGGAAGCAUGGGAGAUAUAGGUCUGAUGGGCGAACCAGGACCAAGAGGACAACAAGGAGACGCUGGUCCUAUAGGAGAAGUGGGCUUUGAGGGAUCACCAGGCCUGGAGGGAGAAUUGGGACCCCAAGGAGAACCAGGUGCAAAGGGAGACAGUGGACCUGCUGGCAACCAAGGAGAACCAGGAGAACAAGGCUUAAGAGGUGGGCCUGGACCACCAGGAGAAGACGGCAUCCAAGGGAAAGAUGGCUCAAAGGGAAAUGUAGGAGACAAAGGGCUUUCUGGAGAAGAUGGUGAAAAAGGAGAACCUGGAAUUCCAGGAGCUCCAGGUCCUGCAGGUCAACCCGGCAUAAGGGGCAUUCCGGGUCCUGAAGGAGCUCCAGGAAGUCCCGGUCAAAGGGGCCGUCUAGGCAAAAAGGGGGAAAAGGGUCAACUUGGUCCUCCAGGAGAGACUGGAGUCACAGGUGAUCAUGGCCAUAUUGGAGAAAUUGGUCCAAAGGGUUCAAGAGGAACAAGAGGUCCAUUGGGAUAUUUAGGUUUAAUGGGACCUGCUGGAGAACCCGGAAUUCCAGGUUAUGGGGGUCAUCAGGGUCAACCAGGAGCAUCUGGCCCUCCAGGACCCAAAGGAGAGAAGGGUUACCCUGGUGAAGACAGCACAGCUCUGGGACCACCUGGGACCAUAGGUGAACCAGGUCCUAUUGGUGAACGUGGAGAGAGAGGAGAGCCUGGUGAUGUAGGAUAUGAGGGUCACCCAGGACUUCCAGGACACAGAGGUGCUAUUGGACAACAAGGACCACCAGGUGAGCCAGGCGAACGUGGUGAAGCAGGACCAAAAGGAGAGCAGGGAUCUCAAGGUCCCACUGGAAAAAAAGGAAUGAGUGGUCAAGCUGGGAAACCUGGAAUGCCUGGUAAACCUGGUCCUCUUGGCCAAAAGGGCUUACCUGGCUAUCCUGGACCAGAGGGCAUUCCUGGAAGUCCUGGAAAACAUGGAUUGCCUGGGCAACAAGGUUUUCCUGGUAAUAGAGGAAACUCAGGAAUAGCUGGACUGGCAGGAUAUCCUGGAACUCAGGGACUGAAGGGGUUACCAGGUAUGCCAGGAAACACUGGACCACCAGGACUAAAGGGUGAGCGAGGACUUCAGGGUUACCCAGGAAAACAAGGUAAAAGAGGCUUCCCUGGGACACAAGGUGACCAAGGUGCACCAGGAGAUCCCGGCCUGAAAGGGCAUGCUGGAGAAUCUGGAGAUCCAGGGUUAAUGGGAUUUCAGGGAUUCCCAGGUCCUAAGGGUCCUGAAGGUGACCUUGGUUUAAUUGGAAUUUUAGGACCAAAAGGACCAGUAGGUCAAAUAGGAAACAUUGGUCCUGUUGGUAAUGAAGGCAUCAUAGGCCCAGCAGGCAAACCUGGCCCCAGAGGUGAUAAAGGAUCCAGAGGGGAACUUGGUCCUCGAGGACCAAGGGGUCAUCCAGGCCUACCUGGUUUACCUGGAGCACCAGGCUCAAGAAGGCAAAUUGAUAUCAAUGCUGCUAUUCAAGCCUUGAUUGAAUCAAAUGCUGCAUUACAGAUGGAGAGCUACCAAAAUACUGAAGUAACAUUUCUGGAUCAUAGCGCUGAGAUAUUCAAAACACUACAUUAUCUUAGCAAUUUACUACAUACUAUCAAAAAUCCAUUGGGAACUCAAGAUAACCCAGCACGUAUCUGCAGGGAUAUGCUUAACUGUGAACGUAAAGUCUCUGAUGGGAAAUACUGGAUUGAUCCAAAUAUUGGAUGUAAUUCUGAUGCCAUUGAAGUUUUCUGCAACUUUACUGCUGGUGGUCAGACAUGUUUGUCACCUGUAUCCGUGACUAAGUUGGAGUUUGGCAUUGGAAAGGUACAGAUGAACUUUCUUCAUUUGCUGAGUUCAGAAGCAAUCCAUACUAUCACUGUUCACUGCCUAAACACCCCAGUAUGGGGAACCAAUGAACCAGGUGCUCAGAAACCCUCCAUCAGCUUCAAGGGAUGGAAUGGUCAAAUGUUUGAAGCAAACACUCAGCUUGAACCAAAAGUGCUUCAUGACGAAUGCAUGGUUCAAGAUGGCAGCUGGCAUAAAACCCAGUUCCUUUUUCACACUCAAGACACCAAUCAACUACCUGUUAUUCAAGUACACAAAUUUCCAUAUCUCAAACAAGGACAACAGCACUACGUAGAAAGUGGUUCGGUGUGUUUUCUCUAGGCCUCUGACUGGACUUGAGUUUCUCGUAUCAUGGAUUAUUGGAAGGAGUUUAUUACAAAACUACAGAAGAAUUGUAAAGAGAAGUUUUCAUGUUUCUUAAAGCAUCUCAGGAAGAAGAAGACUUCCUCCUAAGAAGGAGAAAUGUUUUUUUAAAUCCUUGAUAACAUUAAUAUUUAAUUUUGUGAUUGGUGCCUGUUGUACUAUUCCAUGAAACUGUAAGUUAUACAUAUACCUGGAAAACCUUCAGAAAAUCCCAUCUUCUUAACCUUCUUAAUAGCACUGUACAUGACACCCUAUGGAAAGAUGGAGGCAUACAGUACAAAGGAGCAACCUUAGCUGAUGCUCCCAGAUGUGCAAUAGUUUGUAUUAUAAUGAUAUGAGAAUGAGUUAUGCCACCAAAAAUACAUAUUUUCCUUAAAACACUUAAGUUGUAUUACAGUCCUUUAUGGACACAGACAUCUUAACAGAUGAUACACUACCUCUUUUGUGUUUCCUGUCUGUUUUGCCUGGUGCUCUAUAUAUAUAUAACACAAAGUGUUUGUGGCCUUAGCAUAGUUUAUUUGGGCAGGGAGGGGGGUUGCUUUUUUUUCCAAGCUGUAUGUACUGGUUACAUCAAGAGAACUUUUCAUUGUAAAAAAUUUUAUGGUUAUAUCAUUGAGUGAAAACAUUAUUUAUGUGAAAAUCUUGUUUUAACUGCUUCUGUCUUAGAAAAGGAAUUGAUUUACAAGACAGGACAUUAUAAUUGGUGCAUAUAGAAAGAACAGGAUUUUGUAGCUGUAGAAUGGCUACAUAUAGUAGUCUUCUUAAACUUUCUGGAUGGCAGUUAAGGAUUAUUUUAACUAUUCAAAGUCACCUACAAUGAUGUAUUGUGUAAAUAUUUGUAACUGUUGAAAAUGUUAAUACUGCAUAUAUUUUAACUGGGUGCUAUUAAAUUAUAAUAGUCAAUAUUA